AUGCACUCCGCCCCCCUCAUUAACUUCACCAAGCGCAACCGAGACUUCAUUAUCACCGACCCUGACAACAUGGACAAACUAUGUCUCGUCACCUGCAGCCAGCUGAAGGUGUUCAUCAUAUACUCCUAUGCCCUUCAUAACAAGGCUCCCUCGGCUCGCCCUGCCUGCCCAUUGGGCUAUGAGUACUUUGCUUGCGCCUACAAUCAUGAAGGACUUACCACUACCACCUCUGUCAUCGACGAACAGGGCUUUGUAAAGUGCAAAGGCACAUCCAUUGAGAUGGGAGAUCUCUUGGACAACGAUGACGAAGACGUCACUUUCUCGCGCAUCUGCCACAUCCGUCCUGUCCACGUCCAUUCUACCUCAUUGCGGGACAAGAUCGAGGAGCACUGCUUGAUGAACAAGAAGAGCAAGAACUACUUCAAGAAGCAGCAGGUUAAGAUGUUUAGAAAGGGGUUCAGGAACCAAAAGAGGAACGUGCUUAGCACUGGCGCCCCCGGAGGGACCAAAGCAUCUGGCAGCGUCCAGCCACCCAUCGAGGACAAGAUGAACACCACAGGGUGA